GGCCGGGACUUUGAACAGGUGGAGAUCUCAUCUCGCAAGAUGCUAGGAUGUAGACAGGGGGCUGGUGAUGGCAGAAAGGACUGGGAGGGUCGGGAUGCAGGUAUGAGAGGGUAAUCCCGGGAGCAGCCCAGAGGUGAAUGCCAUAAAGGCGUCCAUCUGCUGGGGUAUGAGGAACAUGGAGCUGCCCGGACGCAACGGGUGGCCUGGGGGGAGCCGCCAACCGUGUAUCGGGGCUGGGGCUGCAGAGCAACUGGGGCUGUUAUGAGGAGGGACAGUGAGUGAGCCUGGAUAUUUUCCAAGAAAACUGAGGACAGGUAGGGGCGAAGAAGGAGCGGCCCCACGGCGCAGUUCCCCAUUUGGACCCCUCUGCGAGACCCCACCCCACUGCACCCCCACUCAGGGCUGCCUCCCAGCCUGCGGUUGUCAUGGCAACCCGUGCCCGGCUCUCCCAGGGGCGGUGCCAACCCUGCUCCCCCCCACCACUUCCUUCCCCCUCCCUCCCUGUCCCUCCCUCCUUUGUGUCAGCUGCGCCCCUGACCGGGAUGGCUGCGAAGAGAGGGACCAAGACGAGUAUGAAGAACAUGGAGAAGGAACUGCUAUGCCCAGUGUGUCAAGAGAUGUACAAACAGCCACUGGUGCUGCCCUGUACACACAAUGUGUGCCAGGCUUGUGCCCGGGAGGUGCUGGGCCAGCAGGGCUAUGUAGGCCAUGGUGGGGACCCUAGCUCGGAGCCCACCUCUCCUGCCUCCACCCCUUCCACCCGAAGUCCCCGCCUCUCCCGCAGAACUCUCCCCAAGCCAGAUCGCUUGGACCGGCUGCUUAAGUCAGGCUUUGGGACAUACCCCGGGCGGAAGCGAGGUGCUCUGCACCCCCAGGUGAUCAUGUUCCCGUGCCCAGCCUGCCAGGGUGAUGUGGAGCUGGGGGAGCGGGGCCUGGCAGGGCUGUUCCGGAACCUGACCCUGGAGCGUGUGGUGGAGCGGUACCGCCAGAGUGUGAGUGUGGGUGGCGCCAUCCUGUGCCAGCUGUGCAAGCCCCCACCACUAGAGGCCACCAAGGGCUGCACUGAGUGCCGCGCCACCUUCUGCAACGAGUGCUUCAAGCUCUUCCACCCCUGGGGCACUCAGAAGGCCCAGCAUGAGCCCACCCUGCCCACCCUCUCCUUCCGCCCCAAGGGCCUGAUGUGCCCAGAUCACAAGGAAGAGGUGACCCACUACUGCAAGACGUGCCAACGGCUGGUAUGCCAACUCUGCCGUGUGAGGCGCACCCAUAGCGGCCACAAGAUCACACCAGUGCUCAGUGCCUACCAGGCCCUCAAGGAUAAGCUGACAAAGAGCCUGACAUACAUCCUGGGAAACCAGGACACAGUACAGACCCAGAUCUGUGAGCUGGAGGAGACCGUGAGGCACACUGAGGUGAGUGGUCAGCAGGCCAAGGAGGAGGUGUCCCAGCUGGUGCGGGGGCUGGGGGCUGUGCUGGAGGAGAAGCGGGCAUCACUGCUUCAGGCCAUUGAGGAGUGCCAGCAGGAGCGGCUGGCCCGUCUCAGCACCCAGAUCCAGGAGCACCGGAGCCUGCUGGAUGGCUCAGGCCUGGUGGGCUACGCUCAGGAGGUUCUUAAGGAAACAGACCAGCCUUGCUUUGUGCAAGCAGCCAAACAGCUGCACAACAGGAUUACCCGAGCUACGGAGGCCCUCCAGAUGUUCCGGCCAGCUGCCAGCUCCUCCUUCCGCCAUUGCCAGCUGGACGUGGGGCGUGAGAUGAAGCUGCUGACAGAGCUGAACUUCCUGCGAGUGCCCGAGGCUCCGGUCAUCGACACCCAGCGCACCUUUGCCUACGACCAGAUCUUCCUGUGCUGGCGGCUGCCCCCUCACUCACCACCUGCCUGGCACUACACCAUUGAGUUCCGGCGCACGGACGUGCCAGCCCAGCCGGGCCCCACCCGUUGGCAGCGGCGGGAGGAGGUGAGGGGCACCAGCGCCCUGCUGGAGAACCCAGACACGGGCUCUGUGUAUGUGCUGCGUGUCCGUGGCUGCAACAAGGCCGGCUACGGCGAGUACAGUGAAGACGUGCACCUGCACACGCCCCCGGCACCCGUCCUGCACUUCUUCCUUGAUGGCCGCUGGGGCACAAGCCGAGAGCGGCUGGCCAUCAGCAAGGACCAGCGAGCGGUGCGGAGUGUUCCAGGGCUGCCGCUGCUGCUGGCUGCCGAGCGGCUGCUGACGGGCUGCCACCUGAGUGUGGACGUGGUCCUGGGCGACGUGGCUGUGACCCAGGGCCGCAGCUACUGGGCCUGUGCCGUAGACCCAGCCUCCUACUUGGUCAAGGUGGGCGUCGGGCUGGAGAGCAAGCUGCAGGAAAGCUUCCAGGGUGCCCCCGACGUCAUCAGCCCCAGGUACGACCCGGACAGUGGGCAUGACAGCGGUGCCGAGGAUGCCACAGUGGAGGCGUUACCACCCUUCGCUUUCCUAACCAUCGGCAUGGGCAAGAUCCUGCUGGGAGCCGGAGCCAGCUCGAACGCAGGGCUGACAGGGAGGGAUGGCCCGGCGGCCAGCUGCACAGUGCCCCUGCCGCCCCGCCUGGGCAUCUGCCUGGACUACGAGCGGGGUCGGGUUUCCUUCCUGGAUGCUGUGUCCUUCCGAGGGCUCCUGGAGUGCCCCCUGGACUGCUCGGGACCUGUGUGCCCGGCCUUUUGCUUCAUUGGGGGAGGCGCAGUACAGCUACAAGAGCCUGUGGGCACUAAGCCUGAGAGGAAGGUCACCAUUGGGGGCUUCGCCAAGCUGGACUGACCCUUCCUGGCCUCUCCUGGGCCCUGGCCCUCCAAGUCUCCUGAAGCCGGGUUAUUCCUCCAGCAGCUUCUCCCUCAUACUCUUCCUACCAUGUGGUCCUGCCCCUAUGUCUUUGUCUUCCCAGGGCCUUCUCUUGACCAAGGGACUCUCCUCUGCUCACCUCUCUGGAUGUCCCCCAUUCUCUCCAUUGCCUGUUAAUCCAGGCCCCCAUCCCCAUCCAGUCUCUGCCCCAUGCCCUGCCCUUGGCAUCUUAUCCAGGCCAUGGAGAGAGCCCCUUCCCCAUUCCUGUCCUGUGCUCCUCCCCAGGCUGAUUGGGAGGGAGGGCACCUGGAACACUGGGUAUGCUCCUCGGCUCUGCCCUCUGCCCUGCCAAGCUCCCUGCCCCAUUGAUGCUGAACUACAGCCUUGGGGCAGGCAGGCUUUUGGGCUGGACACUGCCCAGGCACUCCCUGGUGAGGGAAAAGGGACCCUAUCAUCCUGCUUUAUUUAUUUGGGUCCCUAUACCCCCCAGCCGCAUGCCUCUUAUCCCUCUCUUUUUCCCUCUUGCAUGCUUUACCUGACCUGCACCCAUGCCAAUGUGCCAAGUCUCCCUUGGGGCCCCAGCUGAAGGUGGGUGUCCCUGUUGGGUUGGGCCUGGUAAGGCCUCUGGUGUCCGCUGCUGCCCCCCUGCGGUGGGCACUGCUAGGCCUGUGCCAAGCAACAGCUGUCAUUUUCAUGGUUUAUAAACAAUAAACUGUGAUG